AUGGCGUCCUUCCUCCGCAGCGCUGCUCGAAUGCAGCCCACCUUCAGCAGGGCCAUUCGUACACAAGCUCCCAUGGCCCGGCGGUCAAUGGCAUCGCAGACGCCACCACGAAAUGCAACGGCAGCAGCAAUGGCUCAGGCCCCAGUCUCUGAAGCCUACGAGCAGCCAUACUUCCCAGACGAGCCCACUGGGCCCAUGAUUCGUACUGAGAUCCCUGGACCCGAGAGCAAGAAGGCCAUUGUCGAGCUGGACAAGAUCUUCGAAACGCGCUCACUGAACAUGAUGACUAACUACCAAAACUCCUACGGCAACUACAUCGCGGACCUCGACGGCAACGUCCUGCUCGAUGUCUACGCGCAGAUUGCUUCCAUUCCCGUCGGUUACAGCAACCCGUCCUUGCUCCUCGCAGCCACCAGCCCCGAGAUGGUGUCCGCGAUUAUCAACCGGCCAGCCAUGGGCAACUUCCCGCAGCACGACUGGGCAGAGAUCCUCGAGACCGCACCGAAAGGCUGCAACCAGGUCUUCACGGCUCUUGCUGGCUCGGACGCCAACGAACUCGCAUACAAGGCUGCCUUCAUGUGGAGGCGCCGGCAACAGCGAGGCGGUCCAGACGUCGAAUUCUCUCCCGAAGAGAUCAGCUCAUCCAUGAUGAACCAAUCGCCUGGCUCGCCCAACAUGUCAAUUCUCUCGUUCAAGACGGCUUUCCAUGGCCGACUAUUCGGCUCACUCUCCACCACCCGCUCUAAACCCAUCCACAAGCUCGACAUCCCUGCUUUCGACUGGCCGCAAGCCUCGUUCCCAGCCCUCAAAUACCCGCUCGAACAGCAUGCCGAGGAGAACGCAAGAGAAGAGCAAAGGUGUUUGGAGGAAGUGGAGAACCUGCUUCAGACAUACCACAACCCGCCAGCUGCUGUCAUCAUUGAGCCCAUUCAAUCUGAGGGCGGUGACAACCACGCUUCUCCAGCCUUCUUCCAGGGCCUUCGUGAGGUCACCCGUAAGAACAACGUCCUUCUCAUUGUCGACGAGGUACAGACCGGCGUGGGUGCUACUGGCAAGUUCUGGGCUCACGAGCACUGGGGUCUGCAGGACCCACCGGAUAUGGUGACUUUCUCCAAGAAGGCGCAGACGGCCGGCUACUACUUCGGCAACCCUGAGCUCCGGCCGAACAAGCCUUACCGCCAGUUCAACACGUGGAUGGGCGACCCAGCGCGAGCCCUGCUCUUCCGCGCCAUCAUCCAGGAGAUUGAGCGAUUGCACUUGGUCGAGAACACCGCCCACACUGGUGACUACCUCUUCAACGGUCUCCAAGAGCUUAGCAAGAAGUAUCCCAAAGAGGUCCAGAACCUACGUGGUAAAGGCCAAGGCACGUUCAUCGCCUGGGACUCGCCACGAAGGGAUGAAGUGCUGAAGAAGGCGAAGGGUGUCGGUAUCAACAUCGGCGGGUCUGGUGAGAAGGCGGUGCGUUUGAGGCCGAUGUUGAUUUUCCAGAAGAAGCAUGCGGAUAUUCUGAUGGACGGGCUGGAGAAGAUCUUCAAGUCGUAA